UACCUUAUUCGAAUUGACGCUGAGAAAGUUCCGGAGACAUAUACUAGAAAAUAUCAAAAGAAGACGGUCAUCCCACCAAAAGAAAAGAUAAAGAAAAGAAGACAACGGUAGCAGCGAAGUUGCCUGCGUACCGACUGGGUUUUGUUCUUCCGGCGCUGUUCGAUUCAAAUCCAAUUAACUCCAAUCUCCCCGAAUCAGCUUAUCCAGCCAGCGGUGUCUUCUCCGAUUCCCCUUUUCAUUUCCUCUAGAGAGUGAUGGGGGUUGUGGUUGCCGGGAGUUGUGGCUUUCCGCUCCUGGUGCUGAAGGAGAAGAAGAGCCCGGCGGCGGCGCAACCACAGAGGAAGCCAUGUCUGGGCUAUUAUAAUCAUGGAAGCUGUAGAAACCUGGAGAUGGGGGUGUUGGUGGGUUUGGGUAAGAGAGGUCGUAGGCUUAGGAUUGGAGCCUCCUCUCUCUUCUGCAACCCCACUGAUGAUCCUAUCAUCAAGGAGGUUCUCAAGGAGCCGGUUGCUUUCUUGGGAGGAAUGUUUGCAGGGCUGCUGAGGCUCGAUCUCAACGAAGAGCCACUCAAGGAAUGGGUAACGAGAACGGUGGAAGCGUCUGGUAUCAAGGAAGAAGCAGAUGUUGAAGGCGGGGGAGAAGAAGCGUACAACGAUCAAUCCCCUCAGCAGAUCAUGAUUGAAUGAACGACUGCCACUUCGAUUCUUCACGAUGCGAAGUCUCCUGCAUAUGGGAAACGAAUCGGCUGGCUCUCUUCUUUUGUUUCUGUGUUGUGUCUGUAUCUGACAACGAGUGGAUCAUGGGAUUCCAGUUGAUCUCAGAAACCUGCAAUUGUGGGAUGGAGCUUAAUGACAUUCAAGUUCCUGAUACAAGCAUGCUCUAUCUUUUGAUCAAAUAAUGACAUGUCUGCAGAACUUCGUUUCGCCAUUCGAAGAUCUAAUUGGAGGUGGAAUGAACGG